AUUGAAUAAUGGAAAUGAAGAUGCAAUACUCCAAAGCGACAGAGCCUCAACAAAAAGUUCUUGAAUAUAUAGACAGUCAAACUCAGGGUACUACCUUGAAGACUUUGGACGAAUUCAUCACUCUAUCAAGAACAAAAUGAACGGAUUACUGCUACGAGAGUAUUAUCAAUGAAAGCAGGGAGGAGCUAUCCAAAGAAUCCAGGACUGCACUUGAGAAGCAAUGUGUAAAGACUUGUAUCAGAAAGUAUACCAAUGUGAGAGAUUUAUACAAGGAAUUUUAGACACCAUAAUUAUUCCCAGCCAUAAAUUCAAUUCAUAA